UAAAAAUACGCCUGUGCGAUCCCUGCGCACGUUAUCGAUGCGGGAACUUGGGUCGUAUGGAUGUUCGGUCAGCACCAUCUUCGAUGUAGCUCCCGACUUAUGGGCAUGCGCGUAUGAUGAAGCCGCAAACAAGAAAUGGGUAAUAGGGCCGAAGGGGGUCGCAAAAGUCCUCCUUCUCCCUGCUUUGGCAUUGGCCCAGCUCCAAGACGACGAAACUUCGACGACCAAGCCCACCGCGGGUCGCUUUCACACGGUACCGACGGCCGACAACACGUACGAUGUGGCACUGGGCUAUUCCAAUGGCGAUGUGUGUGUCUACAACCGAGCUGGUUACGAACUGUUUGCGCUGCAAUGUCACCGCGGCGCUGUGGCCCGGCUCGAGUGGAACUUCCAUUCCGCCAAACCAAGCUGUCGCGAGUUGUACGUGCUCUUUGCGGACAUGACGCUGGUGGUGAUCGAGUGGGAGCUGGCGGACCCCACGUCGCCAAGGCGAUACUGGCGAAAAUACAGUCUAAACGGCCAACGUGAUAUCAUCGGCAUCCUUCCCUGUGCCGUCACCCGCGCAGCCUCGCUCUUCCAGUCGCAACCACGGGCUGGCCUCCAAUCGUUUGUCGCUGUAGGGUGCGACCCCGUCGUGGGAUUCUACCACGCAGGUCAUGAAGGCACGUCCUUGUUCCGCAUUGCACACUUGGCCAGUGCCGUGGCUACGCGUGCCGCCGGCGCCGUUUGGUCUCUGGCGAAGAACUGGGGGUGGCCUCAAGAUAGGGACAACGACACAGUCGACGCCGUUCCGUCCGACUUGGGGAUCCAUGUGGCUUUGGGACUGCCCGACAGUCAUCGCCGCCGCGCGCGGGACCUCAACGUGUCUCCAAAUGGAAAACUGGCGCUCGUGCCAGACACAUUGGGUCGCAUUCUGUUGAUCGAUACCACGUCAAUGCUGCUCAUUCGUCUGUGGAAAGGGUACCGCGACGCGCAAUGCGGAUGGAUGACACACAACGACGGGCUAUAUAUGGUGUUUUAUUCGGGGAGACGCGGCCUUGUCGAAAUGUGGCGGGCUCGCCAUGGUCCAAGGGUGCUCUGCCUUCCGCUAGGAGCCCAUGCCAAGCUAAAGUUGUAUACAUGUAUGGCAGCCGAGUUUGCCACGUGCGUGGUGGUGUGGGAGCAAUCAAGCGGCGAGAGUGCGUUGUACCAAGUGGAGCUAGACAGUUGCAGCCUCACGACGGAAGUGCAGUACUUGUCCAAGGCCAAGGGCGAACACGAGUCGUUUGUCGUGCAUCAGUUGGUGGACGGGCUCGGGAAAUGCUUGAUCAGGCCAGCGUUGACGACCGCUCUGCUCGAUCAAAUGAAAGGGCUGACUACGAUCGAAGGCGUCGAGACUGUUUUGGACGCGCUGCACGAGCCAAAGAUGGGACCGCUCCCGGCGUCCUUCCACCGAGACGCGCUCAAGAUUUUGCUCGAGGUGGCCACGAACGCAAGGAAUUGGGGGAAAACCCAAGCGGACUUUGCCGACUUGGUCUUUCUGUUCAAUUUGGAAUACAAGACAAGGCUCGUGCGCGGGUUUGUGGACCUACAGCAGGAAGUCACGACCACUCCAUUCGCCGCCACCGCCGCUGCCUUGUUCGACGACGACAUCGACUCGCUAUUGACCCGCAUGACCAAAUGGCGAAGCGUGUAUUCGUUUUGCACGACCCAAACAACGUCGUCGCCUUUGAAUUGUCUGCAAUUCAUCGAUUGCUUUGCGUUCCCGUGGUCAGAGCCCAUGAGUCCGGAAGUCGAGUUGUCGUUGGGGCUGCUUUUGCACAAGACUCACCGCAACAACGUGCUGACAUUUGACGAGUGCGUUCGGCAGCUGUACGCCAUGCUCAAGUCACCCGUGCUACGAAGUGCCACGGACGCUACCACGCAUGCAGCGUUCGUAUCGUUUCUCUUUGCCCCUCUCCACGGAGCCGUGUUUGCAGUGCAGCAUGUGCAAGAGAUCCACCAAACUCUCCUGCUGGACCAAGACACGCUCCAGUACACGUCGCAGUUUUUGGAGUGGUAUUUCGCACUCCCGGAAGACAUGUUGCUUGGAAUGACCGCGACGAACGCCAGCUCGUGCCUGCAACGGUGGCUGCAGCCGUGGCUUCUCUCGUGCUCGUUUCCUCACUCGAUAGACGAAGCGUCGUUCACACUACCCGCGCUGUCCCCAAGUCUGCAGGCCGUGUACGACCGUUGUCGAAGCACACCGCUGCUUCUCCAUGCAUUUGUACUGUGUGAGCACGUCGCAUAUGGACUGGCGCAUCACGCAAAUGCAUUGCAAGACAGCACGCUGGGCCAAGUGAGUGCCAUGGGCGCGGGGCUGCGGUGGCGCGUGCUGCAGCAAUGUCUGAGCCAAUGCCUGUACUUUUCUUGUCUGCUCAAAGUACCUGGCAAAUUGACCGUGAACGCGAUCGAAGCGUCGGACGAGCUCAUGAAAUUCGUGGCGAUUGUGCAUCUGAAUACUCCCAAGGACAGCAGCACGGGCGACCCAGAGAUUCCCUAUGACGCACACGACAGCUGGAUUCAAACGUGGACGUAUUCAUCCAAAUCUCACGCUGUCAAGUCUGUCUUGACGUCGUUCCGCCAACUCGACCAUCCCGACUCAAUCGCGGCGUUCCGUGCAUUGAUGCUGUGCAUGGCGUGGAACAACGACCGAUCGCGCAUGUCGUUGUUGGGUCUUGCGAUCCAAGAAGUCGACCGUCUGGAUGGCGGCGAUGCCCCGCUCAAGACGGCGCUGAUUGUGUUGCUAUGGGACACGUACGUUCGAGAGCAAGUGGCUUCGAUCAUGGACUUCUGGCUCCAAGCGAGCACGGGCGCUCGGUCGAGUAAAGGGCUGGAUCCGUCGAUUGCUGGCGAAUUUCUCCAUCUGGCCCAGCAGUUGCUCCAAGUGCUCUCCGAAUCGAUUAAAUUUGCCGUCAACACAACGCGGUUGGCGCCGCCAACAGACCGCCAUGCCGACGACGACGACAGCGUCGACCCCUCCGCGAGAUUUAGCCCGGACGAAGCACUCGACCUUGACCAGUUGCUGGCUCCAGUUGUCUGGACGGGCACUCCAAACGAUGUGCUGAAUCUGUACAGCAAGCAGUGGCCGUCGUCACCCCUUCAUUCGGCACUGAUGCAACAACUGACACGUCCUGGCUCGCCUCCCACGCAAGAAUCGGUGGACCAACACCAUCAGCUCGUGUCUGUCUUGAUCGCGUUCACCAGCUACCCCGCGGCGGUCGUUCCGCUGCCGUCGUUGUUUGACCUGACAUCGCUUUGCAAAUCGCCGAGUUUCAAUGAGGCUGCAGUGUUGCCGGCGAACAACGUUCGGUUCCAGGUGCGAUCCAUGUAUUCGGAUCGAAGGAUUGAUGUGCGUGCGUGCAUAUCUAGUUUACGAUGGACCUCCUCCGUCACGACAUUAGCCUGGGCAUGUCGGUGGCGUCAUCGCUGCGUCUACAGCUCGACCAGAUCAAGCAAGCCCACGCUGUGUGGCUGUACCAAGGCGGACAGGACGCCCUGGCCGAAGAAGUGCUCGACAAAGUUGUUGUCGACGCCACCGUGGUCACCCUCCUGGCCCGCGUGGCGAGGUCCCGCCUUGGCCUCGUGCUCUGUCGCAUGCAAUCUCGGUCCGAGUUUGCUGUCCUCAUGAGUCAACUUCCGGCCGACACGUGUUCGUGGAUUCGGUCGUCCGCCCCACCAUUGCGACCAGAUCCCCAAGUUGGUAUUCGAGACGCGGCGCCGUCCCUCACGGCCACGAAUGCGUUGUUGCACCAGUGCGUCCAGUGGAUGCCACCGGCCAGUCCCGAGCACGCGCGAUGUUUGGCGAUGAUUGGGAUCGUCCAGCUGCUUUUGAGCCAACUCAAGAAGUCAACCAACCUGGCAAGUCGAAAGCAAAACGCUUGAACGAUCUCUUGUGCUGUACUAGGUAGUACGUAGUACAUAGGAGUAAGGCGCGGUAGCUACGAGAUGUCGAGUACGUGACUCUUGUUUGUGUUGGGACGACGACUAGUACUAGGAAGGAAGGAAGGAAGGGGUUGUUGCAAACCACCCCCCGUGUUGUUGUCUAUUAUUAAUGAAUGUAAAACGUUUCGUGUUGCAAUUCGUCGUCGUUGACACGCCACGACAAGUCGAUGUCCAAGAAGCGCGGGUUUUUCCAGUUGCGCUGGACGCCCCACGUGCCGCGGAUGACGCUGCCGACAGCGACCGCGAACGGGUGCUUGACAUGGAAGAACACCUGCUGCCAAUGCGUGGGGGUGGCCUCAGCGCCCGUGGAGAACCACAGCGGGUUGGUCAAUUUGUCCUCAAAGCCAACGUCAAAGCUGCUUAGAAACCCAAAGCACGUGUCCGCCCGGGUGAUGUGGAGCUCGAACGGCGUGGUAAAGUCGAGUGCAGCCACGUCGACACUGGGAAUGUCGAUCGUGUUGAGCAGCGCGCGGGUCGAGAGGACGUCCGAGGCCGGCACGACUUCGACGAACCCGUCCUUGGUCUCGACGCGAUCGCGAACCGCUUGCAUGUUGUACCCGUACACGUCGUCCCAGAACGCUAGGCGCGCCGUCGAGUCGGUCACGGCUUGCUACACUCGCCCAACAACACACAAUGUUAAGCUAGUAGUCUAGUCGAUAGUACCGAGUAACGGACAACAUCAACGCGAAGCAGUUCAUACCAA